AUGGAACAAAGGCGGCAUGCAUCGUGGCAAAUGAAGCUUUUACUUACGGCAUUAUCACUACUAUGUUGGAAAAGCAUAUUUGCACAAAUAAGAUAUUCCGUUCUGGAAGAGCAGGAAGAUGGCACGGUGGUUGGAAAUAUAGCAAAGGAUUUGGGUGUUGAUCACAGAACCGUAAAGGAAAGAAAAUUUCGUGUUGUUUCAGCAACGGUGGAACCACCGUUCGAGCUAAAUCAGACUGAUGGUGUGUUGUAUACCAACGGGAAAAUUGAUCGGGAAAAGGAAGUAAGUGACCACAGUCUCUUUGGUUUGGAGCGCUAUACAGGACAGAUCAGGACCCUUCGCUCAUUCACAGAAACAGACGACGCCAACCAUAAACUUGUCAUCCUGGUUAAAGACAACGGCAAGGUUUCACUUUCAGUAACAGCCUCUGUUAUUAUUAAAAUUGUUGAUCCCAAAGAGGCAUUUGCUGUUUUAGAUGUUAAAGGCACAACAAAGGAGGAGGAGGAAAAUAACAUUACAUUUUACUUAAUCAUAACUUUGGGUUCGGUUUCAGUACUUUUUGUUUUAAGUAUAUGCGUGUUGAUAAUAAUGCAGUGCUCAAAAUUCACGGACUAUUCCUCCAAAUACGUACAAGAUACAACUUUUGAUGGGACAUUGUGUCACAGUAUCCAGUACAGAUCCGGAGAUAAACGGUACAUGCUAGUUGGACCCAGAAUGAGUAUUGGUUCUACAGUAGUCCCAGGCAGUAAUGGAAAUACUUUGGUAGUACCAGAUCGCAGACGGAGAGGUUCUGAAGAGCCAUUAGUAGAGUAA